AUGUCCAGGCGUCGGAUCGAGAACACUCCAAUGCAGCGAAAGAAAUCGAUUGCCAGCGAUGACUUUGGAGACACUGACAUCGAUGACGAGACAUUAGCCCAAGUCAUGUGCGGUGAUCUCGACUUCGAGCAUAUUGACAACUUCGCCAAUACAACAAAUGCCAUUACGAGGGAAAACACUACCAAGAACAAGCCGGUGAAAGAACAGGGUCGAGCUAAGCAUCCAUUAAUCACCACUGAAGACAACGACAGUGCUGCACCUGUCCAGCUCUCCAACGGCAGAUGGGUUUGCAGUCACAAGUGCAAAGACAGGGCGGCUUGCAAACAUUACUGUUGCAAGCACGGGAUGGAUAAGCCGCCAAAAAAGGCCGCGCCCAAGCGUGUAUUGAUAGACGUGAGUCAGGAUCUGCAGCCUUUUAAAGGCUCUGUGCAGCCAACUAAGACCCAGUCCAAGCUGCAACUUCAGGCAUCAAAGCGAAAGACAUCGACUGCGAUUGAAGAGCUAGAUCUUACCCAACAGGAGAAGAAGCAAAAGAUUGAGUAUGCAAUCAACGGGCCGCGCGACUAUCGAGGCCUUGACAACCUUCACAAGAGUAUUCUGAAAAAAGACGUGCCAUCUUCUCUUCACUCUGUCAUGCACAAAAAGCCUACUUACUGUUACGGAGAAGGCGGUGAGCAUCUACUUUCGUUCCUCAGCCAGCCGACAACCUACCCUAUGACCUCGAGCGAGUACGGCGGUCUUGAGCUCGAGGAGCUCGCCCCCGAAGUUCCCACACAGCCAUCACACUCCAAAGAACCGACCUCACUGUACUUCUCUGAUCAAGUACCAGUCACUUCUCGCGGAUCCGAUACGUUCGGUGAUGACGACUCAAUGUUCGGCGAAGCCAUUGUUGGUCUGGCAGACUCGCAAGACUUGCAGGGAGCGUAUGCCACGAACAUGACGAACGAAGAGGUUUACGGCACCUUAGCUGCUGUUGACACUGCAGAAGAAGCAGCAGAUGUCGAGUUUCCGACAGACAUUGAUCUCACCGCGCUCGAAGUGGUCAGUGCUGACCUUCCAAAGCCCAAAACAACUUCAGCAGCACCUGAGACUCGGGCAACAGUUUCAAAGAUCAAGACUCCGGUUUUCAACAGCACCAGUAGUCUUACGGAGCAUGCUGAAGAAGCCAAGUCGAACCUCUUAGAUCGACAGCUCAGGGAUAUGCGGCAAGAGAAAGUGUUGACUCAACUUGCGGAUGCAAGCGCAAAGGGCGAGUUGGUAGACGAUGAUAUCAUCGACGACCUGUUCAACCUGCUUGACAAUCCUCCAGCUGGGGAAGCGGAGAAUCCUUCGCAUCCUAAGCAGACAUUGGCUGAGGACCAGAUUCCAGCACGGUCUGUUCAGGUGGAAGAACAGGAACAAACCGAGCAGGUCCCAGAGGCGUUCCAGGGCCUCCAGCCAUGGUUGUUUCAGCAGUUCGGCGACAUUGUGGAGCUUGUGGACGAAUGA